AUGCUAGAGCAACUCAAGAACAAUCAGAAUAAAGAAACUCAGGUUGAUACUGAAGACUCACUAGUAAUCACAAAUCCUCGUCAUCAAGAUAUUCUAAGUGGCCAGAUAUACAAAGACAAAUCAACACUAAAGAGUGUGCUCAGCUACUAUGCAAUUAAAAAUCACUUCCAAUACAUGGUGCAAAAAUCAUGCUCCAAAGAGUACAGUAUUGUUUGUUUGGACCGAAAAUGCAAGUGGUCACUAAGAGCAUCAAUAAAUGGCACCACACAGGAAUUUAUCAUUAGAAAGUACUACUGGAUAUACACUUGCUCCUUGGAAAUAAGAUUUGGAGACCAGCAUCAAACAACAUCAAAGUUAAUAGGCGACUGCAUAAAACCAAACUUCUUAAACAUUAAAACAACAACCACACCAAAAGACAUCAGAAGUGACUUAAAUGACAGGUAUGGUAUAAAGAUGAACUACAUGAAAGCAUGGCGGAGUAGGGAGCACGCACUCAAAAACCUACGAGGAAAAUCAAAAGAACCAUACAGCCUCUUACCAAGUUACUUGUACAUGCUACAAAAAACCAGCUCUAGAUCAAUAUUAGAAAUCAAAACAGGAGAAGACAACAGCUUGUUAUUUCUAUUCAUGGUAUUGGAUGCAUCAUUGAAAGGCUGGCCAAAGUGUAAACCAAUAAUAGUUGUUGAUGGCACUUUCCUAAAAGCUACAUAUGGUGGAACACUACUCUUAGUGCAUAAGAUGUUGGAGGUAAAAAAUUUACACUUGCAUUUUGUAUUGAAGACUUGGGAAAAUGACAAGUCAUGGGAAUGGUUUUUUAAGAAAUUAAGAGAAGCUUAUGGAGUUAGAGAAGGGCAAUGUCUAAUAUCAAAUAGACAUGAAAGCAUCAUAAAAGAAACCAAACAAGUAUACCCAGAAAUAACACAUGGAAACUGCAUGUUCUACCUUCUCAGUAACCUGAAAACAACGUACAAAAAACAUGCAAAAAAAUACAGGGAACCACUCUUUGGGGCUACGACAGCAUACACAGUAGAAUUUUGA